AGGUUCUCAAAGGUAACACAAUCGAGCAUCCAAAAAAACAUUUUCGCGUGUAACAUUUUCCUAUAAAUUAGGGCAAGCCGAGCCGGGUGAUCCAAUUCGGGCCACCGAUAAACAGCGGGUUACAUUUACCGGCGAAGAUGGAGUUCACCGUACGAACUACAGCAGCGAUCAUGGGUUUUGCCUGGCACUGGGAUAGAGUAAUCAGAUAGAGAUAGCCCUCAUUUCGUUUCAACUUGAUUUUACUGUUUCUGGGCGGCGGAAUUCCGGCAGCUUCUGGUCGAACAUUCGGAGAAGUCCAAGAGUUAGGGUUUUGCGAAGGAAGUUUCCGACAGCGGAGUGCUCCCUCUCCUUUUUUUGGUCUUCUCUCUGGGGUUUUUAUAAGCCAUGACAAGAAGGUUCAAAGGAUGCUAAUGCUGGGUAUUUAUUCUAUAAUACUGCUGUGAGAGAGUCCUAAUGGGGACCUCAACACCAAGGACCUGUACUCAGACUGGCAGAGAGAAGCUCUCAGUUCCACCUGGUUUUGUGUCACUUUCAUCCUUUACACUGAAGUUACAAAAUAGUGAAGGAGGUUGUAGUUCCAUGGGGAGUGAUGUUGAACUAGAACCAGUGCAGAUGGAUGACACUUGUAGCGUAAAUGGCGUUGCAAAGCCUAAGAGAUUUACCAGGCACAGACCGUGGAUACUUUAUGAUCAUUACACUGAAAAUCCUGAGGAAUCCAAUCCUGCCAAGCUUGAUGUGAAUCCCCCAUCGAAUACUUGCCUUCCCAAAGGGAUUAUCUAUGGAUGUCCAGGUUGUAGUAACUGCCAGAAGAUGUUCUGUAAUGAAGUCUUGGAACCAGUUACAGCAAGAUGGCAUCCGGAAGAGCCAUAUGAAAUUGGCCUUGAAGAGGCUCCUGUUUUCAAGCCAUCAGAAGAGGAAUUUAAGGGCACGCUUAAGUACAUUGCAAGCUUACGCCCACAAGCAGAGUCCUAUGGAAUUUGCAGAAUUAUUCCUCCCCUUUCCUGGAAACCACCAUGCCUUCUCAAGGAAAAAUGGGAAAGUUCUAAGUUCACUACCCUUGUUCAACGGAUUAACCAGCUUCAAGAUUUGUGCUUAAGGAGAAAACAUAAGGGAAUUCAUGAAAAGAUGAAGGGGAAAAGGAGGAGGACUUUGGGAAUGAGUUUGCAAAGUGAAUUAUUUGAACCUGGUCCAGAGUAUACAUUGGAAUCUUUCAAGAAACAUGCAGAUAAUUUCAAAGGGCAGUAUUUUUCCAUGGAGGGGAAGGUUACAGACGUUGAUGUAAAUUCUUGCAUGCCCGAGUUCCCGUUGGAGCCCUCAGUGGAAAGGAUUGAGGGUGAAUACAGAAGGAUCAUUGAGAGUCCAACUGAACAGAUAGAGGUGCUUUAUGGUGCUGAUCUGAAUGGUAGAGUUUUUGGAAGUGGGUUUCCAACAAUGUCAAAUUCCGCUGAUGCAUCCACAUAUCCCGAUUAUGUGGGAUCUGGUUGGAACUUGAAUAAUCUUCCUACAUUCACUGGUUCUCUUCUUGUUUUUGAGAGCUGUGAAACCUCUAGCAUUUUGACCCCUCAAGUCUUUGUUGGGAUGUGCUUUUCAUCACAUUGUUGGGAAGUUGAAGAACACCACCUGUAUUCACUGUUUUAUAUGCAUUUGGGUGCUCCUAAAGUCUGGUAUGGCAUACCAGGAAGAUAUUACUUUAAGUUCGAGGCUGCCAUGAAGAAGUACUUUCCUGAUUUGUUGGUGAAAAAUCCUAACUUGCUCCAUAAAAUGGUCAAUCAACUCUCCCCCUCCAUAUUGAAAUCUGAGGGCAUACCUGUUUAUCGCUGUGUGCAAUAUCCUGGGGAGUAUGUCCUUGUGUUCCCAGGAACUUAUUUUUCAGGAUUUGAUUGUGGCUUCAAUUGUACUGAAAAGGCCAUGUUUGCUCCCUUUGACUGGUUACCUCACGGUCAGAAUGCUGUGGAACUCUACAGCGAGCAGCACAGGAAGACAUCAAUCUCCCAUGAUAAGUUAUUGCUUGGGGCAGCCUCAGCAGCUGUGAGGGCACAGUGGGAACUCUUGUUAAUUAGAAGGAACACUGAAAAUAAUCUAGGAUGGAAAGCAGUCUGCGGAAAAGAUGGAAUCUUAGCAAAAGCACUCAAGGCACGUAUUAAGCAGGAGGGCAUAAGGAGGCAGUAUCUUUGCAAUUCAUCACAAUCAAAAGAGAUGAAUAUGGAGUUUGACUCUACCAGUAAAAAGGAGUGCAGUAUAUGUCUCUGUGAUUUACAUUUUUCUGCCACAGGCUGUCCAUGUUCACCUGGUAGAUAUUCUUGUUUAGCACAUGCAAAGCAGCUGUGCUCUUGUGCUUGGAGUGCCAGGUUUUUCUUGUUCCGAUAUUCAAUCAUUGAGCUGAAUUCCCUUGUUGAAGCUUUGGAAGGAAAACCAAGCGCAGUUUAUAGAUGGGCUAAAGAGAAACUUGGAUUAUCAGUGCGCCCUUAUGUCUCUACAGAUAGGCUGGAAGCACAUGAUAUUGUUGGAGAUAAACUGCCAUCAGACACUGGAGUGAAGCAAGAUGAAUUGAAAUCCCCCAAUCCAACAAUGAUAAAUGGCAGCUCUAGGACUUAUUUGUCUGAGGUAUGUCCAAAAGUGGAAGGACCAUUGCUCCAAGCAACAUCCUUGAACAUGCCGAAGGAGGGAGAAAAAAGCGCAGCAUUUAGAGCCAGCUCAAUUGGUGCCAAAUUAGGAACAAAGAAGCAUUCACAAGUUUUAUCUGACGAAAAAGAAAUGCCUGAUCUGGGGUUUCAGUUGAAGGGAAGGUUUCCCAUUGCUCAUUUGAAUUCUCAAGCCAAUCACAGAGAAGAAACAACAUCACAUGGGCUUCCACAUGGUUUGCCUCGUGCACAAAAUGUUUUGACCAGGACAAGUUUUGCUGAAGGUCCUUCAAGUGUUUUGGCUUCUGAGGAAAAAAUAACUGAAAAAUCUUCUUACUGUCAAAGAUCUGUUAUUGUUAUCAGUGAUAAUGAGGAUGAAUAACCGUGGUAAAGUACUGCAAAAUAGGAGUUUAUUUUAGGUUUUAUCCAGUCUUAAUGCAUAUCGAGUUCUUAUACUCCAAAAUACGUUUAUGUAAUGUAAUGUGAAAUAGUAAUUGAUUUAAGGUUUUUUUUCAGUUUUAAUUUUUAUUGAGUAAUUAUACUUAAAAAUAUAUUCAUGUAAACCUGAACUUAAAUUGACCAUACGACAUGUUGUUGAUGGUAGUUAGGCUAUAAGAAAAAAAAAAAAGAAAAGAAAAAGGAAAGGGCUUGUUUGAGAGAUGGACCUUUUCUAUUUGAGCAUUGCUUAUUGUGCAAUAGAGCUGUUGUUGAUGCAGAUGUCCAGGAAUGCUCAUCUAGAUUUGCUGUAUAUUCAACAUUUUUCUGGAAUGCAGGCAAGGACAAUUGAGAAGCAUGUUAUAAAAUGCCCUGCCUCAAAACUUGGAACUUAAAGGUAGAAGAGUGUUUUUCUGUGAUUUCUUGUUGGCAUUAUCACUACUGCCACCAUCAUCUAAAUCAUUGUUACUGUUGUGAUUGUCAUAGUAAUAAGAAUUGUACACAUGAAUUCAUAUUCUAUGGGUAAUAUAAAAUCAAGCACCUUCUCCAUUAUUUAUUCAGAAAAUCAUAUAAACAUACUUCCAAUAUUAUUCAAUUUGAUUAGCUUUUUUUCUUACUGCAUAAUUACUUAUUCUCUGUUUCUUGCUUUGUGAUUGUGCAUGGAUUUUCUCAUUUAUGUUACUAUAUUUUCAUCCUACAUUGCUUCCUUUUUACAGCUUUUUUAGUACACUGUUAGCUUAAGUUUUUCUCCUCCCACUUGCACUCUUUCCUUCUUUGCCCUUGAUUUCUAUUACCAAAAGAUUAACUCCCUCUAGAAUAGUUUGGCCUCUGUGCACAAUUUUCAGGAUUAAGAAAUAGACUCAUGUCUUUUUAUGACUUGCUUAAUGAUUUUUUCAUGACUCUGUAUGGUAUGGCGCUUGUCACAAGGGGGAGACUUCUAUUUUUUGUUCUUUUCAUGGAGUCCUAUGUGACAAAAGGAAUGCUAGUUUCUGUGUAAAGUCAAAUGGGAAUCUAGGACUCCUCCCAGAGUGCCUUCUUUGUGUGGAUAGUUGGCUUUGAUACCCUCCUUUCUACUGAUAAGUUGAGGAAGCAUGAGUCUGAUAGAUUUUGUGUGUUUUUGGGGCAGGCUUGUUAUCCUACCUGCCAAAAAUCAUUUUGGUCAACUCCCCCAUUUUCUUUGUGGUAGUGUAUUUGUUGUGAAAGGAAUAGUAGUGUUUGAGAUCUUAGAGACUUCCAUUUUUGUAUAAAGGGUCUCAUUAUCCCUAGUCUUCUUUUGGUUUAGGUAGGAGACUCCCUUUUAUGCGUCUUCCUUUGAUUUGUUUCUGAAUGACCUUUUGAUUCCUGUUUCUAGCUAGCUGAAACCUCUAUUUCUUGUUUAUUCUUUGGACAAGGUUUGCUCCUUAAGGCAGUUCUAGUUAUAUGCUUGUUUAUUAAUAAGAAAAGUUUUUCUCCAUGCCAUUUGAAACGUACAGUUCAUGGGUGUUGUAAACAUUUUCAUUUAUGUAAUUUCCAGCAUGAGUCAUUGACCAUUGUUCUGCUAGCAUGCAUGCAUGCAUGCAUUUCAAAUAACUAUACAUUAAUGCUUGCAUUAACAUAGAAGCAUCUAAAUUCAUCUACAAGAGUUAGUAAAAUGUGGAUCAGUCCUAUGGAGUGAAUUAAGAAAUGAUGUCUGUUUGUGAGGUGUGUAUCUGAUUGCAU